GUUGUGGCCUGCGUGCGUCAGUCGAAUUAGAAUGAAUUGAUUUGGUCUUAUGUUCUGUAGACUUGGACCCAGGAUAAGUUAAUUUCACGUCCAGAUAUCAGGCAAUGUGAAACUAAAAUAGCGGCGCCUUAACGGGCUGUGUUAUAAGAAAAAUUCUAGUAAACGCCGUACAGUUAAAAUUCACUGUUUCAUCUUCAACACCUUCAACAAGUUAUGUUCCUGCCCCAUGUGGUGAGGUGAGGUCGCGAUGGGUGCGGUGCGGCGUUCCCACGUGGCGGCGCUGGCGGGGGUCGCGGCCCUACUGCUCCUGCUGCUGGCGAGGCUGCCCCCGCCCGCCGCGCUGCCCCCGCCCCCCGCGCCGCUCUACCCCCGCGAGACGUCCACCGUACCGCCCCCCCCCACGCCCGCCGCGAACAAAACCACACCCGCGCCAGUCACCUCACCCCCCGUUCCAGUCAAAUCCGUCCCUCCAGCUCCACUUGUAGUUGUUCCACCUAAAGUCACAGUCAAGAACUCCUCGGCGCCGGUUCUAACUGGCGACGUCUAUGUGGCCGGCCACGAGAGACCUCACCCGGAACUGUGCCCGUCUUUGGGCGCCAAAUUGAGACUGUUAAUCCUCGUGACGUCAGCACCCUCCCAUUCCGCGGCGCGGGAAGCCGUGCGGAUGACUUGGGGACAUUUCAAUAUACGUUCCGACAUCGCGUUCGCUUUCGUCAUAGGUAUACCACCGGACACGGUCAGACCAGCGAUUGAAGCGGAAGAUAUGUUGUACGGUGACAUUAUCGUGGGUCGUUUCCUAGACUCUUACUCGAAUCUCACAUUAAAAACUCUCUCUAUGCUCGAAUGGGUGGACACGUACUGCCCUCGGGUACAAAGAAUACUCAAAACAGACGAUGACAUGUUCAUCAAUGUCCCGAAGUUGAUGGAAUUCGCGAAAGCACCGUCGCGGGUGAACGCGACGAAAACAAUUUGGGGUAAGGUCGUGAAGAAGUCGCUGCCGAAGCGGACGAGCCGGUCGAAGUAUUACGUCUCCCCGCUACAGUUUCCAGGAAAGGUUUUUCCUGAUUUCACGACUGGUCCAGCGUAUUUGCUGACGACUGACGUCAUAAGGGAUAUUUUAGCCGCCGCUCCGGCCGAGCCGUAUUUGAGGCUCGAAGACGUUUUUGUGACGGGCGUGCUUGGGAGUAAACUGGGCAUAAAAAGGCAGCAUGCCACAGAGUUUUAUAAUAGAAAGAUAGCGCACCCGUGCGCCGUGCAAAGGGGGAUCGCUGUGCAUAUGGUUAGGUUUCAUGAGCAGUUUGAUCUCUGGAGGAAAUUGCUCGAUGGCAAGAUGAAAUGUGCGAGCUAGUCUGCGCGCGAGUUCGGGAUGCUCGCCGCGUUUGAAUCUCGAACAAUUUGUACAUUGAUAUUAUUUUUAAUUUUUUAUUUAUAUUGAUGUGUAUUUUUGUAUCUGAUAUUGUGAAGUGAGAGAGUUGAUGACGCGAGUGUGAAAAGCUCUCCAAACUUAAUUUGCUUGACAAAUUAUAUUCGAUUCAUGAGAUUGUCUGGGACAUUAAGGCGCUACAUUCAGAUGACAUGUACCUCGAUGCGGGCGAGAGGCUCACCCCGCGCGGGGCUCACCCCCGACCAGCUUGCCCCGCUAGAUCGCCGCUGCACCGUAGCCGCUGGCGCGUGACCUCACGUAACCCGAAUAAAGUUUGCGAAUGCAAUGGAGUCCGCAUCAGAAUAUUUUAUUGUUUUUGAUACAAUAAAAUAAUUUUACAAAAAAACAUACAUAUAUUAAAUUACAUUAUAAGCAAUGAUAUAGUUGCGGAUGUAUGCAAAAAUUUUGUAUAAAAUGAAUAAGUUUGUAAUGGUUUUAAAAAAACUACUCGUAAUUACUUAUUCGAUUUCGUUCAAGCAAAGGUAAUUUACAUAGUAAUGUAUAUCAUAUAUUUUUAGGUAUCUAUGGUUUUCUGUAUAUGGUUUUCUAUCUUGGGUUGUCGUUGAUGUCGGCGUCGGAAUAAAGCCAUGACUAUCUAAGUCCAUAAUAUCAACUGUCGACUCCACACCAUCCGCACUUCUCUGUUCGGACAUUGUCAACGACGAUAUCGGAGACAAUUUAUUUUUCCUAAAAAUUAAUAACAAUCAAAUAAUGGGAUAAUGACUGUGAUCGUGCCAAAUGAAGAAAGCGAAGAAAAAUAAACCCUGCGACGUCUUGCAGCUGAGGAGGUACCCUGAAUAAUACAGUUACCUAGGAGUAAGUACCUAUAGAAAAAGACAGAAUAAUCAUCCAGUAAAAAGUACUGUUUCCGUAGGCAAAGACCAGGGCAACAACUAGUGACAGUAUAACCGACGGCGGCGGAGCUGUUGUUUGUUGUUGUUUUAUCUAUCUAUCUACCUACUGCCGCCCCGCCACAAGCCGGUAUCAAAUGAAAUAUUUUUCACCUUCAGUGUUUGCGGAGAAAAUCUAAGUAGGCAUCUAUAUGUCUAUCUAUUAGUAAGUGUAAUUAGUACCCACCAUCUUAAUUGUCCCAUAUGGGAAGCUCUUUCAAGGUUUUUUUUUAACAUGCUUACAUUUAACAUGCUAUCAUGACGUAAAAUUAUACACCUAUUUACACUAAACGAAACAAAAAAACUGUAUUAAAAACUAACCUAAACUAUCUAUAAUAGGUAUAUUUCAGAAAGUACCAAAAAAAAAAAAAGUAUCAAAAUCCACGAUCCUAAAUACCUACGUAAUAUCACCCCGUCCGGCGGAAAAGCGACGCGUAAGAUUCAGAGAUCAACGACACAAUUCAAUAAGCUGAGCUGACAAUUAUGUACAGAAAUAAAUUCAAACAAAAUGAAUGUGGGAAAUUAAAUACUUCGCAGAAUAUUUUUCAACGACGCUCGGAGCGAUUGGCACAGGUCCUGCGUCGGAGAAUGUGAUCCGCGGAGUGAGGCACGCUUACAAAGGAUAGCGCUUUAUCCCACCCGGUCGUGUAGGAAUGAGACAGAGAUAAAGUGUCAACACUCUACUGUCCAGUACUAUUGUCGCAACAAUUUUAAUUCCUGUUUUCAGCUAUUUAGUUUAAUUACGUCUAAACAAAACAUCCAAUCGAAAUUUCAUCUUCCAGAAGUUAUUAUUUUUUAAUGAUCUUCAAUUUGGUACAAAAUUCAAAUUUUAAAUCCUUAUAGUUUGAGAUAAAUAAUCGAAAUCUAGACUUGUGUUCCUGAAUUUUUUUGAUCGAGGAUUUUUGUUCCAAUCGUGUUUUCAUCUUCCACAAAUAUAAUUGAAUAUAUUUACUUUCAUAUCCAAAAAUAUUGAAACGAUGCAAGUUAUAUUUUAUGAGAAAAAACCAAGUGAAAAUGACCCAAAAUCUAUGAUGUAUCGCCUUAAAUAUGUCGUUGUAAGAAUUAUCUUCCAAUACAACUCAUACUUUGCUUAAUCUAGAAAUUAUAAAUACUCAAAGGUUAUCUUAAAUGAGUUUUAUGGUCAUAUCAUUGAGAUCACAUUUGCUGUGUAUUUGUUUUGAUAUUUUAAAUGACUAACGCCCAGUACCUAAGGCUUGCAAUAUAAUUUCUCUGGGCAGAAUAUAUAACGAUUACUGCCUAUAUCUGGCUUACUAUAACAAUGAUCCAAUAUGAGUAAGGUUCCUCAGCUAAGUUCAGAGGUUAGACAGGAGUCGCUUUAAAUAAAUACCUGACUUACCCACUUCAG